UCGUGCAAAACGCAUGCAGCCGCCGCGACGCCCCUGCGGCGCCCAAAUCAUAUGUAACUAUAACAGAUAAACACAUGGUUCAAAACUGAAACAGUUGAACCAAACGCGGUGCUCAAAAACACAACCAAUUCCAGUUAGAAAAAGUAAUUUAUUUUUUGGUACCUAACGCAAUUUCUGAUAAACUAUGUGAUCAAACAUGUUCCAGAAGGAACUUUUACGGUAAGAUAAAUCUUAAUAUCUGCUGUAAUUGCAUUAAUGUCACAAGAAGGUAGCAACGCUAUUAGAGAGGACAGUGGUCCUACUGGGCCAACUGCCCCCAGCCCUGACCCAUUCCAGCCCAAAAAGCAAUCAAAACUGAUAAGAAUACUAACCGUCAUAGCCUAUAUGCUAUCAGUAUCGAUGGCAGCCAUAUUUUUAUCAGCCUACUACAUUUUCAUGUACGAUGCUCAGCCAACUUUGGCUCAGAAAACAUAUCCCGUUGCUAACGCAUUAACACAGGGUCCAAACUUCCACCAAUAUGAACAAUACGUUUACAUUAAGGAAAAGAAAAUUUUAAAAGACAAAGGUUUGCUUACAAGCAAUUUAAUACAAUCGCCUAUAGAAAACGCAGGAAAUAAUACAGACGAAAACGGCGAAAAUUUUAUUGAUACAAAUAAUGAAAACAAUACCGAUAUUAGUUCGAUUGAUAAUAAAAUUAAAGUAGAAAACAAUUUAUUCGAGACUGACGUCCUCAAUAGCAGUGACAACAACAACAACAUCAGAUUUUCCUUGUACCGAUUAUACAAAAGAGCCAUGGAGAGAAAUAAAGGAAAUGAUAAAAAGAAAAUGGAAAAAUCAGUACUACCAGUUUCUAAUCCAACUGAAAAUGAUACUGAUUUAGAAAAUAGUAAGCUCGAUAAAAAUACUACUAAAACUAAAGGUAGGUUCUGAAGAUUAUUUUAUUAACGGACGUGUACGUAAUAAAAUAAUAAAAUUGCUUUUCUCAUUUAAUUCGGCACAUUGAAAGAAAUGAGAUGGAUGCAUUUCCACAUGUUCGUAACGCGUUGUGACAAACCCUUUUGAACAAUGGCCGACUUCGGCUAUUGCACGUGUCAGAAAGUUCGGCAUUUGACGAGAAACAAUUUAAACAAUUUACGUAAACGAAUGCCAAAAUAAUCUUCGUAUUAUUAGGCUUCUUCUCCUUCUGAACUAGUUGCGAUCUGCUAAUUUAUUCGGCUUCUGCUCGAUAAAUAAUAAUACAUGGCAGGCACCUCCGCCAAAAUUAAAUAGCUUUUUAGCGUAGGAUUGUUGUUAAAAUGAGGCCUUUUGUUCAAUAGUAGAUAAAAGGUAUUUACUCAUCCCACAUCCUUAAGUAUUUGUGGAUAGUAAUCCGAUCUAUGUCCACCUCUACCCCUCCUAACAAAAUAGUAAUAAAUAAUUUCUAAAAAAUGUAACAACGUAUUUUAAUUUAAAAUCAACUAGAAGACUAUUUUUUCCAUUCUAUCGAAAAAUUCCCGUAAAAUCGUAUGAACACUUGCCUCUUAAUAAGAGUUUAAUAACAAUAAUAAUAAUAAUAAUAAAAGUCUUGUCAUUAGUUUUUAAUUUUAAAACCGAUGCUAUUUGAAUGACUCUUUGAUAAUACUUUUUUCAAAAUUGGAACAAGAAGCACACUAACUGCUCAGAUAUA